AUGCGUCCCAGAAAGCUCUUCUCCCUCAUUUGCCACUUCGUACCUAUCCUCGCUCUCUCAGACGGGUGUCCCAAAAACGAAGUAGCCUGUCUAGACGUCAUGAACUCAAGCCAAUGCAUCGAGCAAUUGAUCCUCGAAGGCUCUGCACCAGUGACCAAAGAAGCGUUGGUGAAAUGCGUCGUGAACGAGGGUAGUGCCUCAGACUUACCUGGGGAGACGAAGGUAAGUUUAGAUGAAGAAUGAAAGGAUCACAGACGGGGGGUUAAGCUGAUGGGCUUAUGAUAGUAUUGCCGAUGUCCGGGAUGUCAUUCAGCGCCGAUUAAUACAAAGAUUUUGGAACUUUUUCCUGCGCACUGUGGGUGAAGAUUGUUGGUGUAAUAAAAUUGGGAGGAGAGAGGUGGGCUGAUGGCAGGUGUCAAGUUGGUGGUGGAUCAGAGGGUUUGUAUGAAAUGAGUAGGGGAAGUGGUCAUUACUCUGCACAUGCCUCUCUUCCAAAAAUAUUAUUUUCAACAGCCUAGUACAACUAAAAUAAUAUUUAAAAGGUCCAAAAUGACCUUCAAAGCUCAACUUUUGUCAGUCUAGACAUGUUAAGACAUCUGUUUUAUUGAUUAGUACUGGUGGAUAUGGGCUUGAGUGUAAGGCAUAUGAUGUUUGCAAGAAGUUUAUUGUGCCCAGAGCAACAAGUAUGAUUCGUUGAAUGCUUAUAAGUAUAUCUACAAACAGCUUGAUAAAAUCCAGUACUCCCAGGGAAUUAUAGAAAGCUUCCCAUCCUGUGUGAGACAAAUAAAAACAUAUCGGUUGGAAAUCAUUCCUCUUCUCAUUUACCUUCACCUUUCCAUGGUAACAAGGCGUAAAUAACCCAAAUACCUUAGAGAAACUACCAAACGCCUUCGCCAGUGUUCAACGAAUUCUUUGGAUCACCAAAAAGCCUUUUGCAACAAUUGAAUCCAGAGGCUAGCUAACAUAAACAAAGCUUUAUUCACCGCCCUUCUGUCGUCAACUACAAGACAAUACGACUCUAUGUACCAACAGUUCCACCACAUGCGCGAUGAGUGAAUAUGCAGUUACAAUCUUGACGCCAAGACAUAUCUGGCUUUCCAGCUCUUUAAAGCUCUGCCCACAGUUCCUGAAACAUAACCCACAACACACAUUUCAAAACUGGUGUCAAACAACCAGCAACCAGCAACCAGCAACCAUGCCUUCCAAGCGGGAUAUCGUCAAGAACAACCCUAUGACAGGCCUCCGAGAUUUCCUCCCUCGUCUCAAAAGCUUCGAACCAUCCAUCCUUACAACGUAUCAGGUGAUACGGAAUUUCUAUUCCAAUCCGUGAUACGGAAUUUCUAUUCCAAUCCCACAGACGUGAAGGUGAGUUCCCAAUCCUUCGCAAAUCCUAGUUACAGUCCUCAAAACUGACUCCUAUAGUUCGCCCACUCAUCUGCGGUCUUCUUAUAGUCCUGCAGAAAGAGGCAGUUGCAGGACUGCUUAGACCGUUCUCCAAUAACGGCACACUAGCCGCUGGACUUCGUCUAUCAAAUGACCAUUUGCAAGCCAGAACGGUCAAUUUGGAACACGCACGUCCUCUUCUGGAGCGGGUCCUGACUUACAAGGCGACUACCAAAGGAUACAGCCUGGAGUUGAAGAUCUGGAACGAUGCUAUUGGUUUAGUGAAUAAGGUGAGUUUGGCAUUCCGCGACCUGAUAUUAGAUGAAUCCUUUUGUUGAUUGAGAACCACAGAUAAACCAGGAGUACGACGAAAACCACCCAAAUGAAAAUCAAGAACCGCUGUUUCCGCGCUUCGGAUCCCUCCCACUUGAACCCAGGAUGAUGGUUUGGAGAUACGCUGCGCUUGAUUCCUGUUUGAUCGCGACAACGAAAAUAUACGUUCAUCAACCGUUUCCUAUGUUUCCUCCUCGAUCUACUUAUCGGUUAUUUGCCUGCAACAUCCCGGCAUUAUUUCUUGUCAACCGAGAGUCGCGUGCCGAGGCUGUAAAAGCCAACCCAGGAUUUGUUUUGAACGGCAGUUUUGGCAUUGACGGAAUGUUGCGCGUGGCUCCAACUCAAGCAAUUAUACAUCUGAAGCCGUCUGUCAUACGCCGGUACACCGACGAUGAUGGAAUGGUAAAGGAUUUCGCAGAUUCAUUGACUGGGAGUGAAAAAGCUAAGAUUGAGAAUAUUGCAAUUGACCUUGACGCCGACCACCAAGGGACGGUAGUAGGUGAACUCAUGGGUUUUCCAAUGUUGGAGAAUGUAGUCGUGGUGUUGAUGCACAAAGGUCUUCGCCCCCGAGGCUUUCGCUCCAAGGACGAACUUGUCAGAGACAUGGAGCAUAAAGUGACACAAACUUUCGGACUCAUCAAGGCUUGGGACACUACUUGGAAUGUACCGAGUUUUCAGGUUUUGUACCUAGGGAAUGAACAUCUCGACGGGAGCUAUGAUCCGGACGAGUCUUCCAAAUUUCUAUCGAAUUAUUGGUCUACCAGAAAGGGAUAG